UGGGAUUCCGAAGAGGUACGUCCUUUCCGUCUUGGUGUUUUGGGGUUUCUUUACAAUGUACGCGUUGCGAACCAAUCUGAAUGUGGCCAUCGGAGCAAUGGUCAAAAACCACACAGUUGUCAUCGAUGGAGUCGAGACAGAAAAGGAGGCAGAAUUUAAGUGGAGCUCAAAAUUACAAGGGGUGGUACUGGGUUCGUUUUAUUACGGCUACGUUGCGUUACAAAUCCCCGGAGGCUGGCUUGCCUUAAAACUCGGAGGAACACGCCUGUUUGGUUCAGCGGUGCUGACGGCUUCGGUCUUGACAUUAAUAACCCCGUUAGCUUCCAGAGCAAGUGUGGUGCUUCUUAUUGUUGUACGAGUUUGUGAAGGAUUGGUUCUGGGAGUAUUGUUUCCUUGUAACCACGCUAUCUGGAGCAAAUGGGCACCAAGCAUGGAGAGAACUACUUUAGUCACUAUAGCAGUCACAGGUUGCACUGUUGGCAGUAUAGUAACAAUGCCGAUUUCUGGGUUGUUAACAAGAUAUAAUCUUGAUGGUGGAUGGCCAGCUGUGUUCUAUGCAUUUGGAAUAUUUGGCAUCAUGUGGUAUGUGGCUUGGUUUGUUUUGGCGUUCGAAUCUCCAUCAGUUCACCCUACCAUAACAUAUGACGAACGCUCCUACAUUGAGCUUACCGCUGUUAAUAUGGAAGAGGUAUCUCAUGGUACUGUACCUUGGAAAUCGAUUCUGACCUCAGGUCCUGUUUGGGCCAUCAUCAUAGCCGCUUUUGCUUCCGAUUGGGGCUUAUAUGUGUUACUCAUUUGUGUUCCUCUUUUUCUGAUGGAUAUCUUGCACUAUGAAGUUGCAGCGAUGGGAUUUGCAGCUGCCGCUCCGUUUGUUUUCAAAUCUUUAACAUGUCCCUUGGCGGGAGUCACCGCUGACCUGCUCAGACGGAAUAUUCUUUCUACCAAGACGGUGAGACGCGUGUUCUACACAACAGGUGCAGUUACCGGUGGACUAUUUAUUCUAAUAGCGGGCUAUUUCAAGAAUCCUGAUGCUGUGAUAGGUUGCAUGUGCGUUAGCGGAGCUGCCCUCGGAUUGGUUUAUGCGGGCUUCCAAGUAAACAUGUUAGACAUAGCGCCGAGAAACGCGUCUAUCAUCAUGGGCAUCGUGAACGCGGCCAGUAACACCGCUGGCUUUCUCAGUCCCAUGUUGGUUGGGUUCAUAACGCAUCACAAGACUUCUGGAGAAUGGCGGACAGUUUUUUGGAUAACAUUUCUUUUAUACGUCAUUGGAUCUAUUGCUUUCAUGGCGCUAAUGACAGCUGACAGACAAGAAUGGGACAAAGUUGAAGGGGCUUCGAGAGAACCCAGUUUAGAUGUCGCCACUACACCGUGA